UAUCUUUUGUUGACUUUAUAUUUAAGGCAUUACUCACCUAACAGCCCUUUGGGCUAACAUCUCCUGCUGUGGGCCAACCAACUGAUAGCGCUUUAAGCUAGCUAAUUGAGCCACCACAGAAGAAGAAAUAUAGUUCACCGUCUUUAUUUUGUUGAUAAACAUAAUUCUAAAAAAUAAUUAUGUAAGUGUUUAACUGACAAUUCGAGUUGGCACUUGUUUCAAAACGAAUAUUCAACCAACAGGUAAAAUCAAGUCUAAACUUUUAAGAUGUCUUUCUGGAUCUGCUGCAAUUCCUGCUUUUCUUCCCCGAGCGCAGACCACAAACUGGCUGUCAGCACCUGCGGCCAUGUCAUCUGUAACGUCUGUUACCAGAAAGGCAAGCAAGGCAUAUGUUUAAUUUGCAGUACCCAGUGCCAAGUAUCACCCCUGUGUGAAAAAAGCAGCUCUGACGUGAAGGCCUUGUUUAGUGAAUUCAGUACUUUGGCAUCAAAAAAUUCAACAGAAAUCAACAAAGUAAUUGCGUUCCAAGCGAGGCACCAGAAGAGGCUGUUGAGCUACUACCAGCAAAGAAAUGAGAAACUGGAGGAGACAUGUGUCCAAAUGAAGCAGGAAAUGCAACGCAUGACAAAUAAACUGAAUGAACAACGUGCCUACAUUGCUAAGCUGGAAGACUCUCUCCAGCAACAAUGUGCCAAGUCAUCAUCUGUUUCUAAGAUCAGCCUCCAUCCCCGCACUCCACAGGGCCAGAUGUCUGUCCAGAUCCCGUUUGACUCACCGGUUCCCCUCUCACGACACUUACCAGCCUCUAAUAUCAGUGAGAGCAUGGAGGUGGAUGAAAGGAGUCUGUUCAGGAAACCCAACUCUGCAGGCAGACUGUCAAUUAUCAAGCCUCCCAUGGGAAGGAUGGACACCACCUCUCACAGAUCAUCAAGCCAGAACCUGUCUACCACCCACUCUGCUCAGUCAGCCACCAUCAGUCGUUUCCAAGGAACACCUUUGACCUCGGAGUUGUCAAACACCCAGAGUUCUGUGUGGAGGUCUCCCAUCUUCAAGCCUCCUUCCACCUUCAGACACUCCAUGCCAUCUAUGGUCUUCCCUCCUCCUUAAACCACCACAGUUACACAGUCGCUGCUGCCUUCUCUGUAGACUUAUUUAUGAUUCCCACUUACUAAACUGACUCACCAGUCUAUACAGAUUAUACAUUGGUUUUAGACAUCAGUAACAAACAUGUUUAGUUAAAUGUAACUUACUUAAUUCCAACAUGUAUUCUUGUGUGUUUUAUGUUAAAAAAUAAAGUCAACUAACCUUUUCCAAACAAAAAAUCAAAUAAAGCAUUAAAAGAAUA